AUUUUGGUUUUAGGAUAAUAAAUGUAUCGCUAGAAAUAAGAUUAAUAUUGUGGUUGUUAAAAAAUUGAAUAUAUUUAUUUAUUUUUGAAUUGUAGUGGCUGACGUUUUCAAAUUAUUUUUGUUUCUUUAAUUGUUAUGGCAUGUUUUCGCUCUUUUAAGAGAAUUGAUUUUUUCCCAACUUUUUUGAAAAGGAGCAUAAAAAUGUCUGCAAUGUUAAGAGCUGAAGAAGUUUUAGAUGAGAUGAAAAACAAAAACCCCUAUUAUGAAAAAUAUGCAAGCAAAAUAGCUAAGCUUCAACAGACAUCCCCGCAAGAAUUUUUAGAAAGAGUAGACAAAGUUUCCCAAGCAAGUAAUCCUAUAAAAAGCACGGAAAGAAAUUAUUCAGAGCUUUUAAAACCGAAAAUGCCUUCAAGCACAACAACCGAAGUUGCACAUAAAAAAUUAAGUGAUAUAAUGAAAUUAGAGCUCUUGGAAGACAAAAACGUUGAUGAUGUUAAGCAUAUUUGGCUUGAAUAUCACAAAAAUAAAGACGUAAUAGCUGCAGUGUUAACAAAUGAUCAAUACGAUACUUUGAUUAAACGCGGAAAAUUGCAUCCAGUAUUUUUACUGCCUUUACCAAGAAGUGAGGGAUAUGAAUUUAUAAUGCUUCAAUUUGCAGCUAAUACAGUUCAUUUUACACCACUUUUAGCUUAUCAGGUUCAUCAUGAAAAUGCUCCAGAGUGUCUCAACAUGAUAUUUUAUACUGAAAUGAAGGAUAAAGGAUUGGUGUUAAUGCGUGGUGAAUUUGAUCAUCAAGUGUUAAGUCCACAGGAAGCACAAUGCCUUGCAAAUGAGUUACAACUUUAUUAUAGUAGCGAUGAUCCUGCCAGAUCAAAACUUUUAGAAAAUUUCACUAGAAAACCAGAUAGUUUCAAGCAUAUGGAUUUAAUUAAACAAUUGGAAGAAAUAGAACUUAAAUAAAAUGAGUUUUAUUUUUCCAAUUAAAUGUUACAAAGUUAUAGUUAAUAAUAAAAAUAAUUUAUGAUUCUG